AACAUUCAGUGAGCAACAGUGGACAGCGGACAGUGGUGCGCGCCAUUGUCCAGCACUCCUGGGAUGAAGAGUCGUGUGGAGGUUUCAUCGUACAUCCUCCAUCAACACUUUGGGUCUGCCAGGCCGGCGCGAGGCAGCGGGCCGUGCCAUGGGAGGACCAGAACAGUGAAUAAUAGCAGAACUUAUGGCAAGCAAACACCACGCAGCUCACACCACCACGAGUCUGGAGGCGCACACCGACGACCUCCUCCCGACCAGUGUCCGUAAUGACUCCACUAGCGCAGUGAGGGAGGCGAGCACCUCGCUGUGUCCAUUACUGGCGUGCGGAGCGAAGCGGAGGUGGUGGCGGGCAGGUGGACAGCGGGCGAGUGUGAGGCUGCCAGUCCACCUAGACUUCACUUGUGUCUUCCACCCUUCACCAUGGCCCGUCCCUCCAUCCCACCACCGCUCCCCCCGUCACGUGCCGCCCUGCCUCUCCCUCCCUAUCGAAGACUUCAUCCCCCACUCCUCGCAUCCCCCAGCAGUCAUCACGAGACAAAACGACGUCUCCUCCAAGACGACGACGAAAGAUACCACAACAUGAGUGAGAGACGGGUGGUGGUGGUGGUGGUGGUGGGAAGGAAGAUCGUAGUGAUAAGGACAAUUAAGAUGACAGUGGUGGUGGUGAUGGUGGUGGUGACAGAAAAUAUUAAUAACGAUGAUAGAUGUAUAGGAGUAGUAGUAGUAGUAGUAGUAGUAG